UUACCGAGCGGCGCGCGCAGCCGCGGCAGCGCCUGUGAGGAAGCAGCCGCCGCCGCCGUCCGGGGGGAGCCGGGCCGAGCUGAACCGAACCGAGCCGCGGGGUUAUGAGGCCGGGCGCCGCCGCCUCCCCGUGAGGAGCAGCGGGCCCGUGGCGGCGCGGGGAGGAGCGCGCUGAGGCGCCGGGGCCGCCCCGCGGCAGGAAGCCAUUUUGUGGGCCCCCUCCUCCUCCUCCGUCCUCCUCCUCCUCCUCCUUCGCCGCCGCCCUCGCGAGCGGCGCGGCCGGUGCUGCCGGCCGGGGUGGGCGGGCGGGCCCGAGGCGGGGGCGCCCGGUGAAGGGGGGCGAGCAGGGGGCCGGAGCGGGCGGUGGUGGCGGUGGUGGUGGCGGUGGCGGCCGCCGCGCCUCCCCAUGGCGAAGAAAACCUACGACCUGCUCUUCAAGCUGCUCCUCAUCGGGGACUCGGGGGUCGGCAAGACCUGCGUGCUCUUCCGCUUCUCCGACGAUGCCUUCAACACCACCUUCAUCUCCACCAUCGGGAUAGACUUCAAGAUUAAAACUGUUGAAUUACAAGGAAAGAAGAUCAAGCUACAGAUAUGGGAUACAGCAGGGCAGGAACGAUUUCACACCAUCACCACCUCCUAUUACAGAGGUGCCAUGGGGAUCAUGCUAGUAUAUGACAUCACCAAUGCCAAGAGCUUUGAAAACAUCAGCAAGUGGCUCAGAAACAUAGAUGAGCAUGCCAAUGAAGAUGUGGAGAGGAUGCUGUUAGGAAACAAGUGUGACAUGGAAGAUAAAAGAGUUGUCCCUAAAGCAAAAGGUGAACAGAUUGCUAGGGAGCAUGGUAUUAGGUUUUUCGAAACUAGUGCAAAAGCAAAUAUAAACAUUGAGAAGGCAUUCCUCACAUUAGCAGAAGACAUUCUUCGAAAGACCCCUGUAAAAGAGCCCAACAGUGAAAAUGUAGAUAUCAGCAGUGGAGGUGGGGUGACAGGCUGGAAGAGCAAGUGUUGCUGAACGUUCUCCUAUAUCACCAAUCGCCAUCCACCGCCCCUUUUUUCUCGCUGCAAAACAAACCACUCUGCCCGUUUUUAACCUUAAACCAAUUUUGUUCCUCAUCUUAACAAGCUCCUGUCUCCCUUUGUUUUUCCGUUUAGGACAGCUUGCGUACUAUAAUUUUCUCAACAACAUGUAUAGGAAAAUCAUCUCCGUGACUUCAUUUUUUAAUGUACCUGCUCAACUUACCACUACGUUUUGGUUGUAUUAUAGUCCCGUUCCUCCUGACAUUAAAACAUAUAGCAAUCAUAUUCAACUCUAUUCUGCAAAUUGUAUAAGAAUAAAAGUUAGAAUUAACAAUUUAUUUUGUACAACAGUGGAAUUUUCUGUCAUGGAUAAUGUGCUUGAGUCACCAUAUUCUCUAGAUGCAUCAGCAAAAGAGCCAGGAAAACACUCAUUUUCGCCUUGAGUCUGUGAAUGGGGUUUAUUUUGUCCUGUGCCUUAUGUGGAAAGGAACUUUUGUUUUCUUUUUUUUCUUUUCUUUUCUUCUGGUGGAAGCAUGUGCAGGAGACGUACCAUCCAUACUUGACCAUUUUAAAAUACUGAACUCUUUUGUGAUUGCUUUCUGUAAUUGUUGGUGUAAUGCAUCGAGGACAAAGGGUGGUGCAAAAAAAAAUAACUACAUUUAAUCUGCUGUGUCUCCUUUUUGGUGAUCUAGCCAUUCAGAACUGUUCCUGCUGCCAUAUUUUUUUUCCUCACUUGCGGCUCUUUCCUUUUGCCUGCAUGCUGCUUUUAUUUGCAUUUCUUCAUGGUGUGAUGUGUUAAUUAAAAGGAUGGCAACGUGGUAUGUUUGCCAAAAAUUUAAUACAAAGCACUGAUUUAGCUUUCAAGGUAAAAAUGUUGAAGAUACCUACUAAUUUCCCUCUAGCCAAUGUCAGUUCACUAGUAUAUCUUCUCUCUCCUCCUGCAUAGCCGUUGGGUUUUAUGAUAUGGAAGAGUUAUUUGCAUGCACUAGUUUUUCUAUGGAGGGUGAUGUGGUUGUCUACUUUAUGUGUAUGAAUAUAACAUGCAAUUCCCAAACUGACAGCAGUUAACAUGAACUUUUAAGUUCUCUCUUACUGUUAGCCGCUCCAACAAGUUGUUCAGUAGCCUAGCAAAAGGCUGAGUGAAACUAGAUUUAAAAAAAAAAAAAAAAAAGGAAGGAGAAAAAAAAAAAAGUUGGCAGUUUAAUUUAUUACCUCCCUGAAAACUUUCCGUUUUCCAGUGUUAAAAGCUGAGUCAUUGGUACUUGGGUCAGUCUUGCUCCCAGUCCCGUGCUGUGGGAACGUGGUGGGUGAUCCCAGCAGGGCUGCUCAGCCCCCCCCUGGGAUUAACUUGCUUUUCCAGCUCGCCUUCUGCGUUGCCCCGGCCAGGCUCCGGUGUCACCGAUGGCGUGGCUUAGUCAUUUCUGAAAGGAAGGGGGUUAAGGACUGCCAGUCUGACAUUGUCGACUGCUCCCGCUGAACCGGGCGUUCAGUCUGCAGGAGUGUUUGUACGUUCACUUGCCUCGCAUUUAAAAUAACCACGUAGGAGAGCUGCUCCAGCCAAGGACAAAAAGAUAUUUUAAAUAGACACUUCUUCCCCCCCCAAGCCUCACGUUCUCCUUUAAAGUUGGACAAGCUUGUGCCUCGCUCUUGUCCGCUUGAGUUUUGGACUGCCUUCGGUAAAUAAUGAAAGUAGUAAAUAAUGCUGAUUUAAUGAAGUGAUGGUGUUUUAACAUUGAACUUCUAGUUUCGAACGGCUUCCCGUGUAGUAACUUGACCGAGGUGUCUCCCUUUUCCUCUGUAUUUUGGCAUUUUGUCUCCGUGUGUGUUAACCCUUCCCAGUCGAGUGGCUGUUGGGGUCGGGCAGGACCCUGGGACUGGCGGAUAAAUCGGCACCGCUGCGUUUCUCACGUCCCGCGCCUGCCGGUCAGCGUUGUAAAUAGAGUACGGCUACCUUUUGGUUAAAUCUGCACUUUCUAACAUUAUCAAAAAGGGAAAAAUGGAGAAAUAUACAUCAAGGGUUUUUGGUUUUUUUUUGUAUAAUCCUUGUUUUAAACGUGAGCUUUUUAUUUGCUUCCAGGGGCUCGUCUCCCUCUGUGUAAAUCCCUCGGGAUCCUUUGUAGACGCUGUGUUCGUUGCAAGCCAACAGGUAGAGAACAGGCCACUCGCUGGUACUACUAGCUACCACCUCCGUUUCCUAUUCUCCUUACCGAGCUAAUAAACUGAAAUAUUUCUAGACGGUCUACUUCUGUUCAUAUAAAAACCAUGAAUUUUAACCGCGUGGCUUGGCUUUGUUUUGUGUUGUGGAGUGCAAGGCCCAGCCGAGGAGGAGUGAGCAACAAGAGUCGAUGCAGAUGCUUUAAAAAAAAAAAAAAGUAAUAAUAAUCAUGUUGGAGGAAUUUGCAGUAACUUUAUUUCUGCCGGUAUCUAAACUUCCUGCUAGCUAGCAAACUAACUGCUUGUGAAACCUCUACUUGGAAGACACCCCCCUCCCCAGCCCUGUGUGUGGAAUAAAGCCUAAGGCCAGCCUAGAAAAGGAUGCGAAAGCAGCUUUCCCCGCGCCAGCUGCCCCGGUGCCGGCGGUGCCACCGCAGAAGGGGGGGCUUUAGCUGACCCGGCCAGCGGAGGAAGACUCGGCGCUACCUUUUUGUCAUGGCAAAAAAUGUAACUUGAUUAAAUUGGUCGUGCUAAACUAAAACCCGAGGUUGAAUCUAUCCUACAACUGGGUUAACCGCUUUCUCUUUAGUGCUUCGGCGCUGCCCGGGGGAGCUGCCGGUGCCGUGGCGGUGCGGGGCAGGGGUAAACGCGGCGCUUUGUGCUCUCGGACUCGGAUGGUGGAAAAACAGCAUCAACUUAAGGUCUAGGAUUAAUUCCCAUGCCUACGAUUUUUUACUUAAUCUUUUAAUAUUUUUGCUACUCCACUCUGGCUUUUUAUUUAAAACACAUUCUUUUGUACCACUUACUGUAUCAAAUUGUAUAAAAGAUCACUGUCCCAUUCUUGGUCAUACCAAGAGCAAAUAAAAGCUUUUAUAAACUUGCA